UUGCUAUUCCUACAAGAUGGAUCCUUCUGGAUUGAUUUUGUGUCCUUUGGGUCCCUCAAGUUGUAGCACCAGAACACUUUGUUUCCUACCUCCGGUGUCCAACGCCCUUACCAAGAGCCAAGCCACACCUCUUUGGCUCAGCCAAAAAGUCCAUACCAGCAGCCAGUAGUCAUAGUCAUACCAUAUUAUAUAUAUAUUAUAUAUAUAUAUAGAUGAUUGGAUGACUGGAUGGAUAGAUAGAUGCAUGGAUGGAUGUAUAGAUAGAUGGACGGACGGAUCGAUAGAUGGGUGGAUGGGUGGAUGGGUGGAUGGAUGGAUGGUGGAUAGAUAGAUGGGUAGAUAAUUAGGUACAUAGGUAGAUGGAUAGAUAGGUAGAUAGAUAAUUAGAUAGAUAGAUGUGUGUGAUCGUUUGUUUGUAUUUCUUUGUGAAGGGUCCAUGCUGCGAUCUCUCCCCAGCCCUCAGCGAUUCGUCCUUCUCGUUGCCUUGGGAGGAAUGUUCGCUUUCGGAGAUGGAGCCCCUGCUGGACAUUUCCAAAGGCCGCCAGGCCUCACCUGCGACAGUGGCAUCCUGGCUGAGUGACGAACAGGCGCAGGUGGCUAUCUUCCGUGGAGUCGUUUUCUUCGCAGUGUGCUCUGCAGUAUUAUUCCUUGGAGCUCUCAGCUGCCAGCACAUCACCCACAGCGAGCCGACGUGCGACAUGUCGACUGGAGUUCUUGGUCUUCAUGCUCAUCCACUUGCGAGGGCCAGCGCAUGCGUGUACGAAAGCUGCCACGAAGCUGCCAUGCUCCAGCCAUGGUGCAACGUCGGAACUGCCUGCCACACGUGGAGAGGUCAGACCAUGGACUCCAUGGCCUGGGCUUAAUUUCUGGCACCGACAAAGUGCGGGUGGAGAUAAAA